GUGAGGUUCCAGUACCUUUAUUAAAGAACUUAGUCGAUUAGGAGACGGCUGCCUAGCAAACAUCUACCGUGCUGCCAACUGAACUUGAACCAUAAAUUAAACAUUGAAAAUAAACCUAGUAACAAGUAAAUACCCACUACCUAAAUACCCAUAUGUCAUAGAUCACUUUAGAAGGUAACCGUUAUCACAUUAGUAACCUCCUUUCUCAUUCAUGUAAUGAUAAAAUAUUUUCCUUCCUUGAAAUGAUGAAUGCAGAAGAUUUUCAUGAAUAUUUGACUUAUAAUUUUAAUCAAUUGAGGGCGUUUGGCAAAGAUCAAUAAUGGAAUUCGAAAGCCCAGACGUUGAACGUGAAUUUCCUGGACUGUAUGCUUCUGAUGCUGGUAAAAGAAGCAAUGACAGUGACUUUAGUGAUGAGACUCAUGAAAAGAUUUCUAAGAAAGAUUUGCUGAUUGGUAAACGUAAAGAUAAAAAAGACAAAAAAGAUCGUGGUUAUGCCACCCUCGAAGGAGAAAGUUCUCCUGAAGAAGAAACUGAAGUUAAGAGUCCCUCAAAGUCAAAGAAGUCAAAACCUUUUAAGUUUCCUUCUAAGAAAGAAAAAAGAGAAAAGUCUAGGGAAAAGGAUUGCAAAGAUAAAGAAGAUGUCAAAGACAAGAAAAAGGAUGAAAAAGAAAAAGAUAAGAAGAAAGACAAAGAGGGAAAAAUAAAAUUAAAAUCUAAAGAAAAGAAGAAAAAACAUUGUGAAGAGAUUGUUGAAGUUGCUGAGGAUCUUCCUAUUUUUGGUGUACCAUUGUCAGUUGCUGUUGAAAGAAGUAAAUGUCAUGAUGGUGUAGACAUACCACUCAUUAUCCGAAAUUGCAUUGAUCACAUUCAGGAAACAGGCUUAACAGCUGAAAAUGUGUAUAAAAUAUCUGGUAUUAAAUCUAGGGUGCAACAAGUACGGAAAAUGUACAAUAAUCAUGAAUCUGUAUGCCUUCAUGAUUAUGAUUUGCCAGUUUCAACUAGUCUUCUAAAACAAUUUUUGAGAGAGUUACCAGAACCUAUUCUCACGACAGAAUUGCUUUCUAAAUUUGAAGAAGCAGGAGCAAUUAAAGAAGUAUCGUUAUGUGGUGCUAAGCUCAGGGAGCUGAUUGACCAGUUACCAUCCUGCAAUCGUGCUUUGUUGGGUUGGCUAUUGAAGCACUUCGAUGAUGUUGCAGCCAGUGAGAAAUAUAACAAGAUGAAUGCUCAGUCGAUUUCAAUGACAAUCAGUCCACUUCUUCAAACUAGUCAAAGACUUUUAACUGCUUUAUUAUGUCAUGUUUCUGAGCUCUAUCCCAAUCUUAUAUUAACAAAGUACAUCCCACCCCUUUCAUCUACUAGUCCCACUUUACCUGAAACCAUAGAAGGCUUGUCAGAAGAAUUAGCUAAACAAGAAUCGUUAUUGGCACAGAUACAUCGUGAAAUGAAUCAAGGUCUUAUUGGUAAAGAUAGGGAAGAACAGUUAUGGGGUGUUCAAAGGAUUAUAACCCAGCUGAAGAGAAGGCUGCGUGCUUUAGAAAGGAAUUAUGGUCAAAGAAGCUUAGAUGAUACAGAUACCUCUCUUCGUGCUGAUGAACCAAGUAUAACUUCUAGAAAAGAUGAUAGUACUCCUAAAAAAGGAGAAGAAAGCCCUUGGACAUCCUUAGAUGAAGGACAGCAGGUAAAUUCUAGGAAGCAUUCUGAAGAUACAGGCCCAUGGGCACCAGUGGAAGAGAAGGGCUCGAAGAAUGUAGAAGACAAUGCUUGGAGUUCUUUAGAUGAUAUUCGGAGAAAAAAAACAGAAGGGGCUUGGAGCUCUUUAGAAAGAAGAAGUCCUAGACAGACUUCAGUUGACCUUCCCCUGUGGACUUCUGAAGAGAAUAGGCCUGAUUCAUUUACUCCUGUCUCAGAUGACCCCUCUCCUUUGCCUUUAUCUCAGAUUCGCCCUACCAAAGUUAUGACUGCAGAAUCUUUAGAAGUACAAGAUAUUAACCGUGAGGCAACUGAAAAAGCAGAAAAAAAACAGAAAGCGUUAAUAGAAACUGAAGAACUAAUGUUAGCCAUCAAUAGAUUAAGAGAAGAAUUAGAAGUUGAGCAGAAGGAGGUUAACCGAAUAAAAAACAGUAUACAUGCACUUGGGGGAAUACCUUAUACAUGGUGCAAUAUAUCUGAUAGUUCUGAUGAUGAAAAUUGUCCAUCAAAUGUUGAGUUGAAUGGUCUCUGGAAAAGAAAAUUAGAAUUAAAAGAAGAAACUAAAAAGCUUCAGGCUCAGAAAAACAGUUUAAUUGACAGCAUAUCAGCAGAGAGUGAGGCUUGUAUAAAUUUGCGUAUUCAAAUAAAGUUGUUACAAAUUAACAAAAAUCUUUGUUGAAUACUGUUGUGCAGAAAUGUAUUGUUAUUAUUAAUUUAAACCUGUUCUCUUAAAGUGCCUUCAAUAGCUUUCUAUCUUCCUUCAAUUAUGAAAUAUUAGUUUUUGUACCAAGGCAACAUUAUAUAUUUACAAGCUUAGGGACCUGAAUUUUUCGUUAGAUGCUCCCAUUCAAAU